UGGAGGCAGCUAGCGCGAGGCUGUGGAGCGCUGAGCCGCGCGUCGUGCCCUGCGCUGCCCAGACUAGCGAACAAUACAGUCAAGAUGGCUAAAGGUGAUCCCAAAAAACCAAAGGGCAAGAUGUCUGCUUAUGCCUUCUUUGUGCAGACGUGCAGAGAGGAACAUAAGAAGAAAAACCCAGAGGUCCCUGUCAAUUUUGCUGAAUUUUCCAAGAAAUGCUCUGAGAGGUGGAAGACCAUGUCCGGGAAAGAGAAGUCGAAAUUCGAUGAGAUGGCAAAGGCGGAUAAAGUGCGCUAUGAUCGGGAAAUGAAGGAUUAUGGACCAGCUAAGGGAGGCAAGAAGAAGAAGGACCCUAAUGCCCCCAAGAGACCACCGUCUGGAUUUUUCCUAUUUUGCUCUGAAUUCCGUCCCAAGAUCAAGUCUACAAACCCUGGCAUCUCUAUUGGAGAUGUGGCAAAGAAACUGGGCGAGAUGUGGAAUAACUUAAGUGACAGUGAGAAGCAGCCAUACAUCAACAAGGCAGCAAAGCUGAAGGAGAAGUAUGAGAAGGAUGUCGCAGACUAUAAGUCUAAAGGGAAGUUUGAUGGCGCCAAGGGUCCUGCUAAAGUUGCCCGGAAAAAGGUGGAAGAGGAAGAUGAAGAGGAGGAGGAGGAGGAGGAGGAGGAGGAGGAAGAGGAUGAAUAAAAAAAAAAAAAACUGUUGAUCUGUC